CACUUCCCCAGUUCCCACUCUCUCUCUCUCUCUCUCUCACUCUCUCUCUGUUAAUUUAGUUAUUGCAUAAAAAUAGACAACUUUUCCCACUGCUUAAUGACACGCGUGUGUCGGAUUUAGUUGAGAGAUUGUGUCAUUUAUUACGGACCAAAUCCCCAAUACACAAUGACAUCCACGGCGGGUGGCGGUGGCGUCGCAGGAGGCGGUGAUGGAAAACAGAUUGAGCAACAUGAACAGGAACCCAUGGAUGUGCGCAUCGAUAUGCCGUGGGGUUAUGUGGUCGGCCGCUGGUACGGCAAUCGCCAGGUACGUCCCAUCCUGGCCCUCCACGGCUGGCUGGACAAUUUAGGGACGUGGAACGAGCUGCUGCCGCUGCUGCCCACGCACCUGGGCGUGCUCUGCAUUGACCUGCCCGGCCACGGCUACUCCUCGAAGCUGCCCGAGGGGAUUGCCUACCACUUUGUGGACUACCUGUGCGUGAUCCUGCGCAUCAUGGAGGAGUACGGCUGGCAGAAGGUGUCGCUGAUGGCCCACUCCAUGAGCGCCAUGCUGUGCUUUGUCUUUGCCUCGCUCUAUCCGCACCGCAUGGACCUGCUCAUCAGCGUGGACAUCGUGAAGACGCGCUACCGCAAGCCCGCCUCGCAGAUUGAUUACCUGCGCACCAACAUCGAGGGCUACAUGCUGGAGGACGAGCGCUUCGCCAACGCCAAGCGGCAGGAGCCCCCCUCCUACACCUACGCGGAGCUGGAGCAGGUCCUGCACAAGGGCUCCGAUCGGUCGGUGCUCCUCGAGAACUGCCACCACAUACUCGAGCGGAACGUGACCAAGUCCACCAAGUACCCGGACAAGUACUUCUUCUCCCGCGACGGACGCUGCAAGUACUACAACGAGUUCCACACGAGCCCCCCCUUUGCCGCGGAGCUGGCGCGCACCAUUCGCAACGUUCCGUACUGCGUGAUCAAGGGCUCCGAGUCGCACUUCAUCGAUGAGCAGAGCGACGAGGUCAUCGCCAUUCUGCGCGAGAACAAUCCCCACUUCGAGCUCCACGAGGUGCAGGGCACCCACCACGUGCACCUCAACAAUGCCGCCGGUGUGGCGGCCAUCAUCAAUCCGUUCAUCAUGCGCCACCGUCCGCCGCAACUGGAGACGUGGACGGUCGACAGCGACCAGGGCGAGGACCUGCCCGACGCCGUCAAGGAGUUCAAGCUCGCGGUGGAGGACUCAGAGAACGUCAAGCGGAGAAAGAGAAAAAGCAACCUAUAGCUGCUGUCGGCAUCUCUGAUUAGCAGCGCGAAAAGAGAACCUUUGUUUCUGCACUACCCGCAAAUGGUAUAAAAUUUGAUAUUUGAUUUUGAUUAUGAUUUUGAUUGUGAUUGCGUGCGUGAUGCUUCAAGCGAUAAUUUUGCGUGAAAAUAUAGUUUUAAUUAAACCAUAA